AUGAAAUUCGAUGCCCCGUGGGCCUCUCCAAUCACUAUCGAGGACAAGCUGGUCAAAGCCGACGACAGUGCGACUGACAUUGAAGUCGGCAUUGCCCUCUCUACGGCUUUGCUUCUCCUAAAAGACCUCGAACGCAACGCCGAGGUCUGCGAAUAUGAAUACUUUGCUCUAAUGUUGCAGCAUUCCGCACAAGCGAUCCAGUACGCCCACUCCUUCGCAAUGCAAGUCUUUAACAUUAAGAAAGAGUUCACUAACAAGACUAAGGAGGCUGCUAGCUUGCAGAAGACCAUUAACAAGGCUGAGGCCAAGAUGAAGACUUUAAUAAGCCAGGUCGAGGAGGCCAAAAAAGCUAAGGAUGAGGUCGAUGAGAGGGCUGGGGCCGCUGAGGCCAUUACCAAAGUCCUCGAAGCCAAAAAGAAAGAGGCCGAGGCAAAGACCGCCGAAGCCCAGGCUGAGCUCAUUGCUGCCCUGGCCACGAAGGACGCUGAGAUCAAAACGGCGGAUGAGAAGGCGUAUGCCGAGGGGGUAGUCGGCGUCAAGGAAGAUUACAAGAAACAAGAUGAGGAUGACGAGGUCUCAAAAGAGGCCACCCCCGAGAAGACAACAUCUGACGAGCCUAUCGUCGAGAGGAGCAUCGGCCAGACUCUCCAAGAGAUCGAUGUCAAGCUCGAGGUUGAGAAGGCUGCUGAGAAGUCUUCCCAACUGUCUUCUGGGGCCGAGACACAAUCCGCCACCGACGUCGAGUAG